GCUGCGUUAGACGGAAGCUCCGCUGCCCCUACAAUACCGUUUAUCACUAAGACAUUUUCUUCUCGUGCUGUUUACUGAGGAUGCAUCAAGUCAUGCUCCGCUGUCAUUUCAAAUUGCCUUUUAAAUGAGCGGAUUUGUAACGUUUAGGAAGAAGACACUGAUACGCCACAGAUGCUUGACUUUUCUGUUGUCAGAUAACAGGACACGAAUCUCCAGGGGACCCGGCUACGGUGCAUAUGAAGUAAAGGACUUAACAUGAAUUAAAAGGAAAUAAGCGGCAUAACACGACUUCAUUCCAACUUUUAAUAACCAUCGUCUUUCCACAAUGGGCCUUUUUCUGGUGUAUUUGACGUUAACUUUUGCUAAACUGGUUUAUUCUAUUCAUCCUGACUGUUCAAUACAUCUAGCACUUGCAAAAGCUGAAGCGGCCUGUCUGGAUAAACAGCCUGAGAAACCAGUGAAUAUAACAGAAGCAUCUGAAUGCCUGACAGAAUGGGAUGGACUGUGGUGCUGGCAAUCUACUGAAAUUGGAAAAAUGGUCAAUGUGACGUGUACUGAUGUUUUCAGUCACUUUCCCGUCAAUCAAGGUUUUAUUUACAGAAACUGCACUACCAGAGGUUGGACGGAUUUAUUUCCACCUUACAUAGAAGCAUGUAACUUCAGUGACAAAAUUUACGUGGAAGCAGAAAAUAUGAGAUUACAACUUUCAACUCUUCAGAACAUCUAUACUGCAGGGUACUCCGCAUCUCUGGCAUCACUAACAACUGCCAUAUUUGUCUUCCUGUCAUUCAGGAAGUUUCAUUGCACCAGGAAUUACAUCCAUGUUAACCUCUUUGCAUCUUACAUUCUCCGGGCCACAGCUGUUUUUAUUAAAGAUGCUGUACUCUUUGGGGAUGACAGUACAGAUCACUGCUCCAUGUCAACGAUUGCAUGCAAAUUAGCUGUUGUAUUUUUCCAGUUCAGCAUUUCUUCAAAUUUUUAUUGGUUACUGGUGGAAGGCCUGUAUCUGCAGACACUUCUGAUGUUAACAUUUGUGUCAGAGAAAAAAUAUUUUUGGAGGUAUUUUUUCUUAGGAUGGGGCGUCCCAGUUACAGUCAUAUCAAUCUGGGUCUUGGUCAGGAUAUAUAAUGAUGAUAAUGGGUGCUGGGAUGACAAUAAACAUAUCAGUGUGUGGUGGAUAAUCAAAGGUCCAAUUCUUCUAGCAGUACUGGCGAACUUUGUUAUAUUUCUCAAUGUUAUCAGAGUGCUCGUCGAAAAGCUGAAAACACCUUCUGUGGGAGGAAGUAGUUCAAGCAAGCAUCUGAUGAGACUUUCAAAAUCCACAUUGCUUCUAAUUCCGCUCUUUGGAGUGCACUACAUUGUCUUUGCCUUUUUCCCAGAGGAUACUGUUAUUAAUGCAAGAAUAUUUAUUGAGCUUUGCCUUGGCUCUUUCCAGGGUUUUGUUGUGGCAUUACUUUAUUGUUUCCUCAACGGAGAGGUUCAGUAUGAAAUGAAGAGACGCAUGGGAAAGUGGCACAACCGGGCAUAUUGCAGUUUUACACAGAAACGCAGAAGCCAUUCCACAGACAUCAGUGCAGUAAACUUUGUGACCCAACUCUCUGUGCUUGAAAAACUUAGCCCUACAAGAAGGCCUUCGGGAUACCACAGUUGUGUGUCCUCUGUUUGACUUUCCAUGAGCCAGUGUUAAAAUUAUAAACCUUUAUUAGAAGGCCAGAAUCCUAUCAAUAAAGAAGAUUAUAAAUGCUGACUAAAAACUGUAAGUGUGCUCAUCUGUCAGGUGAUCAGAAUUUUAAAGCAUGGAUUUCACUCACAAUCCAGGUACUGUAUAUCCUUUUUUUAUUGGAAUGUACAUAAUCAGAAGUAACUAAUACAAUGUACAUUCUUUUUUAAAUGCUAUUUUGCAACUGUUUUUUCUGUUUAAUUAUGUGGAAUUUACUUAUUGUUCAGACUGGUGAAAUGGGAAAAAAUGUUUCAGUUUUCAUAAAAAAAAGUGAAUGCCCUAGUUCAAAAUUGCAUUUUUUUCAAGUUCUGAUUCCGGUUUUUGUCAAAAAUAAGAGUUAAAAAGCAUUGCAUUUAUUUGAAAAUAAAUGUUGCUUACAA